AUGAUCACCAUUGCCCCCCUAUGGGGAAUUACUCUCUUAAUUGCCAUCUUUAUUUAUUCAGUCUUACAUUUCUUCCUCUCACCUUCUAGAAACACCCAUAUAGAACCCCGGCCAUUACCUUACGCGGAAAAACCCCCCCAUGGCGUCUCCUUGAAACGUCUCUGUGAUAUCCUCAACAUCUCGCUCGUCACGUGCUCUCUGACAACUUCAGAUGGUUACACUGUCACCCUUCACAGGCUCAAUUGGCCAUUAUCUAAAUCUUCAUUGUCUUCAUCAUAUCACCCCAAUGACAAAAUACCCGUCCUUUGCAUUCCUGGCCUCCUCCAAUCUCCAAUGGCCUUCUUAUCUGCUGGUUAUGACUCCCUGGCAUAUCUCCUAUUGAAAAAUGGCCAUACCGUUUAUCUCGGUAAUAAUAGAGGAGGCUCAGUAGAUGAUCAUUUAACAGAAAAUUCAUUGUCUAGUUUUUAUUGGAACUUUACAGUAACUGAUAUGGCUCUCGAUAUUGUUGCAAUGGCUCAAUAUAUUGACUCUCCUUUGGCUCUUAUGGGCCAUUCCCAGGGAACUGCACAGAUCCUCCAUUUACUGCAUAACAACUGGUUGGACAAGGACACUUUUAAGAGAUUGAUUCUUCUUGCCCCUGCUUUAUAUGGGGGGGAAAUCCUUGAAAAAUCCAUCUUCUUUAAACUGUUACACACUUUAAAUUGUAACGGUAAGAUAUUUACCUUCUUCUUUGGCCGCUCGGCAUUUAUGCCCAUCCUUAUGGUUCUUCAUAGAUGGACCAAGUCCCUUCCCGGAUAUACGACGGCAUCUUAUAUGGUCUUCCAUGCUCUCUUCCAUUGGAACGACCGCUUAUGGAACGCAUCGUGCAAGAGGGUCCAUUUCCAAGCGUCCCCCGUUUACACAAGCGUAAGAUGUAUCAAAUGGUGGCUUGAUGAGUUUAAAUGCAAUUGCUCCUUCAUUGACGAACGUGUCCCCUUCCCAGCGGAAAUGCCGCCCAUCUUCGCCGUCACUGGAGGAAAAGACACUAUUGUUAAUAACCGUCUCUUUAUGAACCGCAUGCAAAGAGAAGGGGUCUUGUUAGAGAACAUACAUCGGGAUGAGUACUCGCAUCUUGAUGUCCUGUGGAGCAGGGAUCUCUUGGACGUGGUUGGGACUAGACUGCUGGCGUUUCUCGAAGAGUAA